CCCGCGCCGGAUCCUUGCCACGACCCGCUGGCCACCCAAUCCACUUCGAAGACCCCGUUCUCCCCCUACACACAAACUCCGAGCCCGGCUGCAGCCCCUCGUCCUCCGCCGCCUCGCCUCCCUCCCUCCGUUCCCCGCGCGCCCCGCGCACGGAAUUGGGUCGGGGGGCUCCGCAGGCGGCUCCUUCCAGCCGGCUUGGGAACAAAGGAAGUUGGAGCUCGGGCUGGCGGUGGCUCUACGACCGGGAUGAAGGGCUCCCCUUCCUAAGCCGCCGCCUCCUCCUCCUCCUCCUCCUCCUGGACGCAGCGCAGAGCGAGAGAGCCUGGCCGGAGAUCCGCGCAGGGGAUCCGGGACGGACCGAUGGAUGGCGCUGCCUCUUUGCAUGAAGCCUCUUUGCAGCGGAGCCGGAGUCAGGGGGUCCCGCCAAGGUCCGGCAAUCCCGUCUUGAGCGGUUCCCCUUUGUUGGAUUAACAGAGUUGGAAGGGACCUUGGAGGUCAUCUAGUCCAACCCCCCUACACCAUUUCUGACAAAUAGCAGUCCAAUCUCUUCUUGAAAGCCUCCAGUGAUGAAGCUCCCACAACUUCCGAAGGCAACUUCUGUUCCAUCGGUUGAUGGUUCUCACGGUUCACCGCCUUGAAUUAUUUGUAAAAAUAAUAAUACUUCCUUUGGUCAACGCCCCUAAGACGCAGGCAACUGAAGAAGAGAAAGGAAAAGUCUUCAAGACAAGUCAACUCUUGGAAGCUUCAUGUAGGUGUCCAUGGGAAUCAGAAGAGGCUUGGAUGGAGAAAGGUUCACAUCAUGACUCUGUGGCCGCAAGCUUUCAACCAACAGAAGGUGCUUCUUGAAGCAGUGAGGGAUUCCUGAACUUCAGUACAUGGAUGCGACUUAAUUUUGCUUCACCAAGCGCAGCGCUGGAAUGGGAAAUCACAGCAACAACCAUACCUGCGUGAUCGAUGAUUCCUUCAAGUACAACCUCUACGGAGCUGUCUACAGUGUGGUCUUCAUCCUUGGCUUAAUCACCAACUGUGCCUCUUUGUUUGUCUUCUGGUUCCGCAUCAAAAUGCGGAGCGAGACAACCAUUUUCAUGACCAACCUGGCAGUCUCAGACUUGCUCUUCGUCUUCACCCUCCCAUUCAAGAUCUUCUACAAUUUCAACAGGAACUGGCCCUUUGGAGACCCUCUGUGCAAGAUCUCAGGAACAGCCUUCUUGACCAACAUCUAUGGAAGUAUGCUAUUCCUCACCUGCAUCAGUGUAGACCGCUUCCUCGCUAUUGUCUACCCCUUCCGGUCUCGUUUGGUCAGGACAAGACGUAAUUCAGCAAUUGUGUGUGCAGGAGUAUGGGUUUUGGUACUCAGUGGAGGGAUCCUGGCAUCCUUGUUUUCCACAACUAAUACCACCAAUGGCAUAACAACAUGUUUCGAAGGGUUUCCCAAAGACGUAUGGAAGACCUACUUGUCCAAGAUUACAAUAUUUAUUGAAGUGGUUGGCUUCAUCAUUCCCCUUCUGCUCAACCUUACGUGUUCAUCGCUGCUUCUGAGGACCCUCAGGAAGCCAGCCACCCUCUCCCAGAUUGGCACGAACAAAGAAAAGGUGCUCAAGAUGAUAAUUGUGCACGUCACCAUCUUCGUGGUGUGCUUUGUCCCCUACAAUUCCAUCCUUUUCCUUUAUGCCCUUGUACGUUCUCAAGCUGUAGCCAACUGUUCUCUGGAGACCUUCGCCAAAACCUUCUACCCGAUCACCCUGUGUAUUGCCACUCUCAACUGUUGCUUUGAUCCUUUCGUCUACUACUUCACUUCGGAAUCCUUCCAGAAAUCGUUCUACGUCAUUCCUCAUCUCAAAACAGAUUCCCUUUUCAAAACCGAAACUCCUCUAACGAAAGUUCCCCUGCCGCCAAUACAGGAGGAGAUGAGUGACCAGAUGAUUACGAAUGGGGGAGACCUGACCUGUGAAUCCAAUUUUUAAUCCUGAAGCUUUCUGCACUAACGGUAGGAUAGGCAUUGAACUGCAGAGAACUUGGUAUUAACCCAGUAGGUGGGAAUUAUGUAGAACGUGUAUGUAUGAACAGUCAAGCAGAUGCUCUUCCUUCUGAAAACAUAGCCUCAUGUUUUAACUCCAGUAACAUAUGCACAUUUGGCUUUUGAAGCAUCAGAAUAAUAAAAUAUUUCAUCUUGUCCUUAUUCAUUCCCUCCCC